GAGCCACCCCAGCGCAGAAGAGUGCGCUCCGUAACCUAGUAACGCCCUACUACUACACCGUUGCUCUUAAGGUGUACGAUGUCUUCGUCAUUGUAGGGAUGGCCCAAAUCUAUCGUAUGGAAAAG